CCUAAUAACCCCAAUAACUAUGACCUCCAAUAACUGAUAACCCCAGCAACUGAUAACCCCAAUAACCCCAAAAAUCAAUGAACCCAGAUACUCCCUAUAACCACGAUCCCAAACCCAAUAACCAAUAGCCCCGCAACCCCUAAAUCAAACACCCCAAUAACCCCACAGCUUAAAGCCCCAUUAAAGCUUUCUUAUUGAAAGCUUUGGGGUCACCCUGCCCCAUGGGCUCAUCUUAGGGCUCAGAUAUGGACAGAGCACAGCGGUGCAGCCCCCAAACCAGCACUAAUUAGGGGAAAGGGUGCUGCUCAUUAACCCCAGCUGGGCACCAGCUGCAGCCCCCAUUAGACCCAGGGUAUUUAGGACGCACCUGGGGGCCCUUUUUAGGGUCUUUUCUUUAGGGGAAGCUGCUCUACCCGCUGCUCCUGACCCUACAGCUGAGUUAUGGGGGAGCAGCAGGGUGCUCCGAGGGUGCUGCUGCUGCCCACCCCUCCCCCCGAGGUUCUGGCUGUGGUGCUCAGCCAACAGCACGGACCCCUGCCCCAUGCAGCCCCCAUAACCCGCCUGCGCCGCGGCCCCAAUGGGGUCUAUAAGGCUUUGGGGGAUCCCGAGGGGGUCCUGGAGCGGCGGCGUGCGGCCAAUGCCAAAGAAAGGGAGAGGAUCCGGAACCUGAACAGCGGAUUCUCAACCCUAAAGGCGCUGGUGCCGCUGAUGCCGCAGGACCGUAAACCCAGCAAAGCCGACACCCUGCGGGCGGCCGCCGAGUACAUCCGCCUGCUGCGGGGGGUGCUGCGGGACACGGGGGGGCUGCAGGAGCCCCCAGACCCCAACGACGUGACCCAUAAGGAAGGAGGGGGGGACGGCCCUAUAGGCUCCAACGUGCCCCCCAACCACAGCCGUGGGGUUCCCAGCCCUGUGUGGGGCGGCUGCAGGCACAUCGUGAUCAUCCCUAAGGAAAUUAAUGAAGAUUUGGGGGGGGACCCCGAGUGAUGGCGACGUCCCAGCGCUGAUUUCGGUGCCCCCAGACCAGAACUGACCCCCGCCCCCCCCCGCAUUGAUCCUAUGGAUGCUCCGCGUCCCCGUGGUGCUGUUUGAAGGGGGGGGGAGGGGAGGGGUCGGAGGGAGGCGGUGCCUUUAAUUGCUCAUUAAAGCGUAAUUGGGCUCCGGCACCUGCGCUGCGCCCCAGGUGGGUGCGCUCAUUAAACGCGGACAUGAAUUA